CGGCCCAGAGAGCCGGUCCCCGUACGCGUCGCUUGCUCCCAUUGACUGGCUUCCGGAAGACGUCCUGGUGGCGGGAGAUUCGCGGGCACGCGACCCGGACGCAAUGGAGCGGCUGUGGAACUUGCGGGCGCACCUGCAGGCGUGGGAGCGGGCGUUCGCGAGGCAGCACGGGCGGCGGCCCGCCCAGGAGGACGUGGAGGCGGCGCCCGAGGAGACCCGCGCUCUCUACCGCAAGUAUCGUGCCCUGAAGCAGGCUAUGCGCCAGAGGGCCGGCGAGCCCUGCAGCCACAAGCAGUCGCUCUCCGCUUCAGCCCAGGAGGCUCCAGAGCCCAGCUGCUGGGGAUCCCACCUGAAUCGGGCUGCAGCGCAGAGUCCACAGCCUACUCCAGCGCUGAGCCCCCAGGGAUCCGCACAAGAGUAUGGGAAGAGACUUAAGGCCAAUCUGAAGGUCACCUUACAGGCUGACCCGGCCCUGGACCACAGGUGCCAGCCACCAGGUAGACUCUUGUCCAAGAUGCCCACCCUAAAGCCACCUGGCCCAGGGACUUCUCCUACCUCUCCAGAAGAACUCGGUGAUGCACUUACCAAGCCUUCUGAACCCCAGCCAAGGCCAGGCCGACUGCAGCAGCUUCGGGCAUCCCUGAGUCUGCGGCUGGGCUCCUUAGACCCUGACUGGCUGCAGCGGUGUCACAGUGGAGCCUCAGAUUAUCUGCAGGCCUCCGAGCCCUCCAGCACAAAGGAGUCUCAACCUGUGACCCCAGGAGACGUGCCCGUCCUUGUCUCUAAUACCUGCUCAGAGGCACGGUCUCAGGACCCCCAUGCUCCAGUGCUACAGGCAGCACAAACCAGUGCAGACAGUCCCCAACUCAGCAGCCACAGAGGCAAGAAGCGAAAGUGGACUAAAGAGGAUGGCAGCAGUCCUGUGCCGGUUCAGUGGGACAACAUCCAAGCAAGACUCCAGUCUGAAGGGGCUGGGGCUGCAGCUCUUGAGGAGGACCCAGCAGGGGGUGCUGUACAGGCCCAGCCACCUGAGCUCUACAGUGGCACUUCAAGGCCAGCUGAGGCAGGAAAGGCUGCCAGCACACCGCGCCCCCGCACCUGCCCUCAGUCAGCCGGCCAGGAUAAGGGUAACUACGUGCGGCUCAACAUGAAGCAAAAACGCUACGUGAGGGGUGGGGCCCUUCGAGGCAGGCUCCUCCGAAAGCAGGCAUGGAAGCAGAAGUGGCAGAAGAAAAGAGAGCAUUUCGGGGGUGGUAGGCCCAGAGCCAUGACUGAGAAGUCUUGUUUCCAGUGUGGGCAGCUUGGCCACUGGAAAUCACAGUGCCCUCAGCUAGGACCCACCCGGAACCCCCAGAAGGAAGGUGAUGAGGACAAAGAUGACAUGCAGUCCUUUCCCGCUUUGGAGCAAACAACCCAGAGGACAGAUGCUGCUUGUUGCCAUCUCCCCGGAAAGGACACAGAGCCUGCUGGGCCUGAGCUACAGGCACCGAACACAGUCCCCUCGGUGCUGCCUCUCUACCCACCAGGGCCCUGCGGUCAGGUAGCAGAGACACCAGCUGAGGUGUUCCAGGCCCUGGAGCAGCUUGGGCACAAAGCUUUCCGCCCUGGGCAGGAGCGCACAAUCAUGCGGAUCCUGUCUGGUAUCUCCACAUUGCUGGUGCUGCCCACGGGCGCUGGCAAGUCCCUGUGCUACCAGCUUCCUGCACUGCUGUACGCCCAGCGCGGCCCCUGCCUCACACUGGUCAUCUCUCCCCUCCUGUCUCUCAUGGAUGAUCAGCUCUCCCACCUGCCCCCAUGUCUCAAGGCCGCCUGCCUCCAUUCAGGCAUGACCAGGAAGCAGCGGGAAUCCGUCCUGCAGAAGGUGCAGGCAGCCCAGGUGCACGUGCUGAUGCUGUCCCCUGAGGCGUUGGUUGGGGCUGGUUCUGGAAGCCCUGUCCACCUCCCUCAGGCUGCCCAGCUGCCCCCAGUGGCCUUUGCCUGCAUUGAUGAGGCCCACUGCCUCUCUCAGUGGUCACACAACUUCCGGCCCUGCUACCUGCGAAUCUGCAAAGUGCUUCGGGAGUGUAUGGGUGUGCGCUGCUUCCUGGGCCUAACAGCCACAGCCACACGCAGUACUGCCCGUGAUGUGGCCCACCACCUGGGAGUGGCCGAAGAACUGAGUCCCAGAGAGGCACCUGCCAUCCCUGCCAACUUGUACCUGUCUGUGUCCAGAGAUAGAGACCCAGACCAGGCUCUGGUGACGCUGCUGCAGGGUGACCGUUUCCGUAGUCUGGAUUCUGUCAUUGUUUACUGUAACCGGCGUGAGGACACACACAGGGUUGCUGCACUCCUCCGAACCUGCCUAUAUGCAGUUCAGGACCCAAAGUUCAGAGGUGAGCACAGGCAAGGCUGGGUCUCCCAAGGACUACCCUGCACGCACGCAAGCUCCGGUCCCACCAACAUCCACUUCCCCAAAGGUCGUGGCCCCACAGCUGUGGCUGAAGCUUACCAUGCUGGCAUGUGCAACCGGGAGCGACAGAGAGUGCAGCAGGCCUUCAUGAAGGGCCAGCUACGGGUGGUGGUAGCCACGGUGGCCUUCGGGAUGGGACUGGACCGACCAGAUGUGCGGGCUGUGCUGCACCUGGGGCUGCCCCCAAGCUUCGAGAACUACGUCCAGGGUGUGGGGCGUGCUGGGCGUGAUGGGCUGCCUGCCCACUGCCACCUCUUUCUACAGCCCCAGGGUGAGGACCUUCGAGAGUUACGCAGACAUGUGCAUGCAGAUGGUGCUGACUUCCUGGCCGUGAAGAAGCUGAUGCAGUAUGUGUUCCCGCCCUGCACCUGCACCAAGCAGGAAGGGCAGGAAGGAGGCAACAGUGGGACAAGGCCUGCAGCUGAGUCCCCGCCUCCGAAGGCCAAGGAACGUGGUGGCUGCCCAGCUGCUUUUGGACAGGGUCGGGCCUGCCCAGGACAUGAGCGGGCACUCCCAGUGCAGCCAACAGUGCAGGCCCUGGACAUGCCAGAAGAGGCCAUUGAGACUCUGCUGUGCUACCUGGAGCUUCACCCACAGCACUGGCUUGAGCUGCUGCCAGCCACCUACGCCCACUGCCGUCUAUACUGCCCUGGGGGCACCAACCAGCUCCAGGCCCUGGCCCACAGGUGUCUGCCUGUGGCUGCAUGCUGGGCCCGGUGGCCACCCGAGAACACAAGCCAGGGCAGCUGCUCCAUGGAGUUCAACGUGGUGGAGCUGGUGGAUUCGAUGGGCUGGGAGUUGCCCCCGGUGCGGCGGGCUCUCCACCAGCUGCAGUGGGACCGAGAGUCUAGAACAGGUGUGCUGCAGAGAACUGGAGUGCUUGUGGAGUUUGGGGAACUGGCCUUCCACCUGCGCAGUCCCGGGGACUUGACAGCUGAGGAGAGAGACCAGGUCUGCGACUUUCUGUAUAGCUGUGUGCAGACCCGUGAGCGCAAGGCCCUGGCCCAUCUGCGCCGAAUGUUCCAGGCUUUUCACAGCGUGGCCUUCCCCAGCUGCGGGCCCUGCCUAGAGCAGCCUGAUGAGGAGCACAGUGCCCAGCUGAAGGCCCUGCUCAACCACUAUUUUGAGGAGGAAGAAGAGGAAGAGGAGGAGGAGGAGGAGGAGGAGGGGGAUGUGAAGGACAAGCAGAGCCCAGAGCCUGGGCAGGCCCAGCUCCAGGACUGGGAGGACCAGGUCCGCCAUGACAUCCGCCAGCUCCUGUCCCUGAGGCCAGAGGAGAGGUUCUCAGGCAGGGCUGUCGCCCGAAUCUUCCAUGGCAUCGGAAGCCCCUGCUACCCAGCCCAGGUAUAUGGGCGAGACCAGCGCUUUUGGAGAAAGUACCUGCAUCUGAACUUCCAUGCCCUGAUGCGCCUGGCCACAGAGGAGCUCCUGUUGGCAGGCCCAUGACUACCCUCCUAGGAAGGUGCUUCCCCACAGGGAGACACUAGGCUGGGCCAUGUCAUCAUAGUGGUCCCAACUGUGCAGAAACAAGGAGGCUGUAUGUACAGAUAAAUGUGUUCAAGUCA